UGUCUUGCUUUUCAUGACAUUUCCCCUCAAGCACCAACACAUUUCCUGGUGAUACCCAAGAAGCAUAUAUCCCAGAUUUCUGUAGCAGAAGACGAUGACGAAAGUCUUCUAGGACAUUUAAUGAUUGUUGGCAAGAAAUGUGCUGCGGAUCUGGGCCUGAACCGGGGCUAUCGGAUGGUGGUGAAUGAAGGUGCAGACGGAGGACAGUCUGUCUACCAUAUUCAUCUCCAUGUUCUCGGGGGUCGGCAGAUGAAUUGGCCUCCUGGUUAAGCAGGUUGGGGAUAAUUUUCCCUUCUCUAGGUAGUGAUUCAGUUGGCAAGCUCCAGUAUAUUAAAUGGCACACAUAGUUUUGCCUGUGUAUGGAAUAAUUGGAAAGAUCAUUUAAAAUCCUGUGCCUAAUAAAAAACAUUGUUGCAUGUU